AGGCUGCACAGGUGAACGAUCGGCGAACCGUCGUCUACGGCAAGGAUGACACUAUCCAAGAUUGUUGCUUCUCGCAUCGCCGUUUUAAUAAUACUCGCUGUUUUCCUAAGAUUCACGUUUGGAGGUAAACUGAGUCAAACAACGGAGCCAGUGAAAGGAUGCCCCAUCGUGAAAGGAGAUUUCACUUUUCCGCCGCGCAAUACGUCUCUACUGGGACAAUAUUGCGCAUUAGGCAACGGCGAGAAAAUCCAAAAUACGAGAGAAACGGACCCUCGCUGGAUUGGAUCGCUCACCUUUAAUGGCACUUGUCAUGUUUGCUGCGCUCGUGGAGGUGCCUUUACAAACACAACCUAUUCCGUGAUUAAUAAGCUUCCCAAAAAGAUAUGCAAAAAACGAAAAUCAGCGAAAAAAAACCUUUAGAUCGAGGACAAAAGGUACAGGAUUUUGAAGUCCUAGGCCUAAGGCAGCAGAUCAGGUUAACACCACAAAACAUAUUCCCGGCAGCGCUUUGAAAUAAAGGAGUACUGCAUGAA